AUGCUUUCCUUCGAUUCUACCGAAGCUAAGAAUCAACAUACUUCUUCCGCUCUUGUUGCCGCCACAAUGCAAGGUUCUUAUUCAGAGACUGCCACUGAAUCGGAAUCCGAAAGCCAGCAUUCUACGGUUACCACCGCUGCUUCAGCCUUACCAAAGAGGAAGUGUAAGCGGUUAAGUGAAGAGGCCACAACAACCUCAAAGAAAGUGAAACGGGCCAACGUAGAAACAGAUUUGAUUAUGAAUUCUUUCGUUGUUGGACAUCUUGUUCGUUUGGGAGUUAGUGAAGAACGUGUGAAGGAAGGAUGGAGUUUGGUGCCGGUGGAGAGGAAGAAGAGGAUUGAAGAAGAGUAUAAAGCUUUGAUGCGCGAAGAAAUGCAACGUGUGGCUAGGAAAGCUUACCUUGUGCGUUAUUUGUUUAACUAG